AUGGGGAGCGGAGGCGAAGAAUGGCCAGACGAGGUGACAGGAUUUCGUGGGAAUCGACAAGAUGGACGACAGAUGGGUACACGACAAAACCAGCACCACCUACAUUUCGCGACGGAACCUUCUCUCCACGAAAGACGAGUAUACCGUCAUUCACCUGUCGCUACUUCUGCACUUGGUCGCCCAACCUAUACGGAUCAGGGAGCCACCUUGCGACGCUUUGCCAAGACGGACGGUGAAGUCGGAAUGUCGGAUGUGUCGAACUCCUUCACAGCUUGGGAGACCCUGCCGGAGGACGAACCUCCGCUGUGCAUCGCAGUUCGACGCCCAGUGUCACCACACCACUAUGAGGCGGUAAACCGUUGUGGAGCCACAGAAGAUGCUGGUCUUAUCAAUAGCGCUCGACUUGAUCAACAAUUUGGGGCGGUUCACACUGUAAACUCUAUCGCAGCAUCUCCAAAUAAUCGUUCCUUAGCUGAACCUUGUUCUUUCACCACCCAACGAUUUGUUAGCUCUGCAUCCAAACUUUCGAUAGUGAAACGAGCCGCAGUAGCGGUGGGAGUGGCAGCUGUCAGUUGUAAUCAGGGAACUCCUUGUCCUUUCACCGUCAAGAAGAAGAGUAACAAUGGUUCCUUGUCCGUUGAAGAAGUCUGUGUUGCAGCCUGCGCCCAACCGAAUCGCUCUGCCCUGAGGCGGCUUACCAAUGCUGAGAGCUCACUACGAAACGAUUGUUCGGCAAACAAAAUUUGA